AGUUCGCAGCCACGUAAGUCAAAAAGUGUCAUUAGGUAUUAAAUUUUAAAGAGUUUUCAAAGGAAAGCUCACAAUAAUGUGUAUUUGGUAUAAAAAGAAUGUUUCAUGAUACAUUUAGUGUGAAUUAUAUAUACGAAGGAUUUAUAAAUUGUGUAAAAUUGUUGAAACAAAUCAUAUGAAAAAUGUCUGAAACACCGGUUUAUCCACAACAUUACAAUUUAGUGAAUGGAUUACCAUCCACGGGCAUGGCGUCCAGCGAUCACAAUAAACCUUAUGAUUAUUCACAACAAUUACAAAAAUCAAAACUACCACCAUCAAAUGGUAUUUCUACACCAUCCUCAUUAUCGUCCCGUGAUUCAUCACCGUUAUUAAGAAACCCAACAGAUUUUGGUAAUAUAUCAACACAAAUACCAGCAUCACAGUUGCCACCAUCAAUGCAAAAUCGAACAACACUUACAAAUAAUACUCCGCCGCCAUCCAUAAACACCACUGGUGCUAACAAAGGAAUGAAAAAUAUUUUAUUGGCACAACCAACGGAACCAAGUUCUCAGAAUAUUCUUUUAGCAUCAACACUAAAUGCAAAUACACCGUCGUUAAUCAAUUCACCACAAUUCGUGAAUCCUCAAGUGCAACUUUUUAAUUCAAAAUCAUCAAGUGCUUCGUUUAAUCCGACACCGAACACAACAGCUACAUCCAAUGUUCAAAGUUUAGAUCAACAAAAUUCUAUACUUACCAGUGGAGCAAGUGAAAUUAAAUUUCCACCAAGAAACACAAUUCAAAAUCCACCUGGACUUCAUUCAGUGCAAAAUAUACGAAAUCGAGAAUCCGGUGAAUCACAAACAUUUUCUCCAAUAAAUCUCGAAGAAUAUAAAUCUCAACCACUGUUAGCUGGUAGUGAAUCGCCCAAAAACGUUAAUGAUAGUCAAAAUAAAACUGAAAGACUUAAUCCUAUUACUAGUCAUAACAGUUCUCUAAUAUCAAGUUCAAAUGAAGGGAGUGCAAAUUACAUUACAACUCAAUCGGUUACAUCGCGUGCAAGCGAUCAACCAAAAACUAUGGAUUCGAAUCAACUAUUCAAUAUGGCUCCGUUAAAUAGCCAGAGCAAAGAUUUUGAUGUAAAAGAAAUAGUGCCAACUUCGCUACAACAAAAACCAAAUGCAAAUCAAGUUAUUAACAAAGGAAAAAUUGAAGUUAAUAAAACUUUACCUUCAAAUCAAUUUGAUAAUAUUUUAUUGAGUACGUCAUCACCAAUUGGAUCGAAAAAUAAUUCUGGUCCAAUUCCUACAACUAGUAAUGAAACACUACGAGGAGGGUUUCAAGGGUUUAAUACAUUUUCUAUGCCGCCAACUUCUGAAAAUAAAAUGAAUCCAUUAUUCUCACCACCUGUCAGUUCUCAAUCUCAAACACUAGAAAUUAAUCAGAAAAAUAUAAAAAUGAAUAUAUCACCACAAACAGUACCCCAAAAGUUUCAAUUAAAUCCAGCUCCAAUUGGACCUGUUAAUUAUGGUUCUUCAAGCCAACAGCCGAGUUUAAUUCAAGAAAAUAAAAUCUUAAAUCCAACUCUUCAACAACGCAAUUCACAAAAUGCAUCGCCUACUCCAAUGACGAAUCCAGUGUCUAUGAAUCAGCCGCAAUCAAAUUUGAUACAAUCAACUCUGACAAAUCAACAGCCUCAAAUUAAUAAAAUUAUAAAUACAUCUUCAAAAUUAGGACCACAACAAUUUCAAUUAAAUCCAAUUUCCACAAAUCGAAAUUCUCCAAAAUUGAUCGAAUCAUCUCAACCACAAAAACCUUCAGUUAAUAUUCCACCAAAUCAAAUUCCUUCAUCGAAUUCACAACCAUCGUCUAUUCAAAAUUUUUUCCCCAGUCAACCUAUUUAUUCUACAAAUCAAAUUCCUCCGAAAUUAGCAGAUCAAAAUGCAAAUCCACAAUUUGGAGGACCUGGACCAAUUAAUAAUUCCAAUGUUACACAACCUCAAAAUUUAUUAAAUAAUCAAAAUGUGCCUCCAUCAAACUAUAAUAUGUCACAUCCAUUAAAUCGUCCGAAUCCCACUCAAAAUAUACCCCAAAUGCCCCAAGACAGACCUAUAAACCCAAUGUAUCCUCCUCAAACUACAAAUUUGCAGAAUAAACAACAGAUUAGCAAUCAGAAUUCACCUUUAGCAAGGCGUUAUCCGAGUCAGCCAGCAUAUCAACAAUUUCCAACUCAACAACAACAAACAAUUAGUAAUCAACCGCAAAUGCAAUCCCAAUCGAAUAUUUUACCACCCAUGCAACAGAGGCCAAUUGGAGGUCCACAAUCUCCAAUGUUACAACCACCUUCUCAACCGCCCAUGGUUUCUCAACAACCGCCAAUGCCGCCAAAUCAAAAUUAUCCACAAUCACAUCAGCAAGGUUUUCAAAAUAUUGACUACAGACAACAAAGUGGUGUUCAAUCACCUAUCAACCAAUAUCAGCAGAAUAACUAUCAAAAUUUAAAUCAACAAUUUGGAAAUUUAAAUGUUACACAAACUGGUUUCAAUCGAUUAUGGGGUGGUGAAAAUUAUGAUUUGUUGCAAGUUAGAAAUGUUCUUCCAGCAGAAAAAAUUGAAGCCCCGCCAGUUCGAUUAAAACCUGAAACAUUAGAUGCUGCUAAUUGCCAUCCUGACAUAUUUCGAUGUACAAUGACAAAAAUUCCUGAAAAUAAUUCAUUACUAAACAAGUCUAGAUUGCCUUUAGGAGUUUUAAUUCACCCUUUCAGAGAUUUAAAUCAUUUACCAGUAAUACAAUGUAGCACAAUUGUUCGAUGCAGAGCCUGUAGAACAUACAUAAAUCCAUUUGUGUAUUUUGUUGAUUCAAAAAGAUGGAAAUGUAAUUUAUGUUAUCGUGUUAAUGAACUUCCAGAAGAAUUUCAAUAUGAUCCUGUUAGUAAAUCUUAUGGAGAUCCAUCAAGAAGACCAGAAAUUAAAGCUAGUACAAUAGAAUACAUUGCACCAUCGGAAUACAUGUUGAGGCCUCCACAACCAGCAAUUUAUUUAUUUUUACUGGAUAUAUCUAGUUUAGCAAUUGAAUCAGGGUAUUUGAAAUUAUUAUGCGAUAUUUUAAUUGAUGAAUUAGAUAAUUUACCUGGUGAUUCUCGUGCACAAAUUGGUUUUUUGUGUUACAAUUCAGCAAUACAUUUUUAUUCGUUAGGAGAAGGUUUAAGUCAACCACAUGAAAUGACAAUUGUUGAUAUUGAUGAUGUAUUUUUACCGAGCCCAGAUAAUUUGUUAGUUAAUUUAAAAGAACGCAAAGAAUUAGUUAAAGAUUUAUUAAAUCAAUUACCGAAUCGAUUUGUGGGAACACAUGAUAAUAAUUCUGCAUUGGGUGCUGCGUUACAAGUUGCAUUAAAAAUGAUGUCACCAACUGGUGGACGUGUGUCUGUUUUUCAAUGUACAUUGCCAACUGUGGGGCCAGGAAGUUUAACUGCACGUGAAGUACCAUCCAACAGAGCUAGUGCUGAUGUACAGCAUUUAAAUCCAGCUACAGAUUUCUAUAAACGUUUAGCACUUGAUUGUAGUGCGCAUCAAGUGGCUGUUGAUUUGUUUAUUUUAAAUUCACAAUAUAUUGAUUUAAGUACAAUCUCUGGAAUUAGUCGUUUCAGUGCUGGUUGUAUACAUCAUUGGCCAUUAUUUAAAGCUAGUCGAAUUUUACAAGCUCAACAGUUUGAAAAUUGCCUUCGGCGUUAUUUAACUAGAAAAAUUGGUUAUGAAGCUGUCAUGCGAAUACGGUGUACAAGGGGCCUUUCAAUUCAUACAUUCCACGGAAACUUUUUUGUGCGUUCAACAGACUUAUUAUCUCUACCAAAUUGCAAUCCAGAUGCUGGAUUUGGUAUGCAAGUAGCGAUUGAAGAAAGUUUAUCUGAUUUACAACAAGUUUGUUUCCAAGCAGCAUUAUUAUACACAUCUAGUAAAGGUGAAAGGCGAAUUCGUGUGCAUACCUUGUGUCUACCAAUUGCAAAUACUUUAUCGGAUGUUCUAAAUUCAGCGGAUCAACAAUGUAUUGUAGGAUUAGUUGCUAAAAUGGCCGUGGAUCGUUCAUUCCAAUCUAGCUUAUCUGAUGCUCGUGAUGCUUUUAUCAACGUUGUGGUUGACGUUUUAUCAGCAUAUAAAUUAUCAUUAAAUCAAGGAGCUGGUUCAAAUACAGGAUUACUUGCUCCAGAAAGUUUGAAAUUAUUACCACUGUAUAUUGUAGCGUUAUUGAAAUAUGUUGCAUUCCGGACAGGAACGAGUACACGACUAGACGAUCGAGUAUUUGCAAUGUGUGAAAUGAAAUCAUUGCCACUUUAUCAAUUAAUUCAAGAAAUAUAUCCAGAUUUUUAUCCAAUCCAUUGUUUAACGGAUGAAGGAGGUGUUCAAACAGAAGAGGGAAAUAUUAUACCUCAACCACCGCGAUUACAACUUAGUGCUGAGAAAUUGGAUGCUCGUGGUGCAUUCUUAAUUGAUUGCGGAAAACAUCAAAUGAUAUACGUGGGGCAUUCUGUAUCAAAUGAAUUUUUAAAUAAUACUCUAGGUUUUCCACAUUUUGCAGCUAUACCAGAUGAUAUAUACGAAUUACCAAAAAUAGGAACACCAGACAAUGAUCGAUUACAUAUGUUUAUUAGUAGUUUAAAUGAUGAGAAACCUUAUCCAGCUACAAUACAAAUAAUUAGAGACAAUAGUCCUGUUAAGAAUAUAUUUUUGGAAAAAUUAAUUGAAGAUAGAAUUGAAUCUGCACUUUCAUAUUAUGAAUUUCUUCAGCAUCUGAAGUCACAUGUUAAAUAGUUUUUUAAUAAGAUAUACUUGUAUAUGACUCUGCAUGUGCGAAUGUCCGGCGUUUUUUCAUACUUAGUAAAAUAUGGUUAGCAAUUUGGUAAAGUUAUCCAGAUCUUACGUUCAUCGGAUCAUUCAACUGUUGUAUAAUAUGUUUUUAAGCAGUUGAUAAAAAAUUAUUGUUUGUUUAUCCUUUAAAAAAAACUUUUUAGAAUGUUUUUCUU